UGUGAGGUUUUCAAAAUGGCGUAAAGAUAUCACGUUACGUACUCUCCAGAUUAAUCUUACAAAUUAAACGAAUGCACAACGAAAUGAUAAUCCGAAAAAAGAUAUGGCCACGUACUAUCGGCGAUCUACUGUCAAUGAUCUUUGUAUUGGUGAUAGUGCCUCUCAUGUACUGGUUCGGACUGUGGAUAGUGUUACCGGCGUUGUACAAGGACGACAUUCUGCCGUACACCCUUCACUUUGUCCUCGGUAAUUUCAUCAUGUUUAACAUCGUAGGUAACUUCACGUAUACGGUGCUGUGCGACACCAGCACCAAGAGGCGCAUAGUGCCUGUAAGCACGGCGACAGUUGCGGACGGGUGGAGGCUGUGCGCCACCUGCGAGUGCCUGUCGCCGCCUCGAUCCUGGCACUGCAAUACCUGCGACACCUGCAUCCUCAAGCGGGAUCACCACUGCGUGUUCACUGGGUGCUGCGUGGGCCAUCACAAUCACAGAUACUUCGUCAUGUUUCUGUGGUACUUGUUCCUCGGCGCGGCGUACGCCUUCUCCUACGGCAGUUUCUUCAUCUGGACCAGAACGUCCUUCGAGUUCCCGAUGUCUGUCAUUAAGAUGGUCUUUCCCGUAGCGAUCUUCUUCUUCGGCUUUGACAGCUCCAUCGAUCAGUUCUACCUGUUGCUGUACGUCGUGUCAGCAGUGGGUACCUUGUAUACCGCAGUGUUGUGCAUUUAUCACUUUAAUUUGAUUCUCAGAGGCGUCGUGGGUAAUGAGAGCAAUAAGAAAGACUUUACAUAUGAUAUGGGUUGGAAGGACAACGUUAGGGAGGUGUUUGGAGAACGAUGGUAUCUGGCAUGGUUGCUUCCUUAUAUUAAAUCACAGUUACCUCACGAUGGGAUCUCGUGGCAUUACUUGUGUUCAAAGAAAGAUUGAAUCGCUUUCAUCGAGUGCUAUACAAUUCUUCUAAAAUUGUGUUUGCAUGAAAUGUGUCAAUAUAUGAGCAUUUAUUAAAAAUGUUAAAGAUAUUUCAAUGACUCGGAUGACAAAAAUUAAUUUGACAUUUGAAUGGAUCACGUUUUUAAAACAAAAAUCAAGAUUGUUGGUUACCUUUCUAUAUUUUUAACUGUAUAUUAUACAUAUUUAACUAUUCUUCAUAACUGUUGUAAAUGAGAUUCAUAUCUGUAAUGGACAGUAUUAUUUUAUUAAAUUGCAUACACAGAUAAUACACAAUUCUUUCACGCUACAUCUGAAACACUAUGUACAUAUUAUCUGUAAUUAUAUAUAAAUUAAUUGUAUUUCUUAUCUUAAAAUUAGAAGAAUAUAAAAAACUUUGCAGUUUCUUCUGAUUUCCUUAAUUGUUAUCUAAAUUUAUUAUUCAAUGAAAGAGGAAACUCCAACCAUUCACAAAGAUGUUCAUGAAGAUCAUUAUUGUGUUUAAACACAGAAAGAAUAUAUAUUUGAGUGUACAUUAGAUUUUAUGAAAUAUAUUGAUUAUUUCUGUGUUUAAACACAAUAGGAAUAUAUAUUGUACAUUAUAUUUUAUUAUAAAAAUCUACAUAAGAAAGAUAACUUAUAUAUGAUCAGUAGAGAAGUAAUUUUUCCUGGCAGCCUAUAUUUACAAAAUGAAAUAUUAUCCAUCAAAGAUAAACUUUUAUCCAGAUUUCACAGACAUAUUGAAUCACAACCACAUUUUCUUUACGCAAUCCCUUUGAUU